AUGAUAGGUCAUCGUGCCAAUGAGUGCUCCAGUGCUGAGAAAAAGUGUUACAAGUGUGGGAAGACAGGGCAUCUCAUCAUUGAUUGUAAGGGUAAUGUUGUGACUUGGUACAAUUAUGGAGAGCAAGGGCAUAUUAGUACUAAUUGCCAAAAAUCGAAUAAGGCUCAAGAUAGAGGAAAUGUCUUUUCCUUGUCUAGGAUAGAGACUACCAGUGCUGACAAGUUGAUUCGAUAUACAUGUUUUAUCAAUAGUAUUCCUCUAAUUGCUAUUAUUGACAUGGGUACGACACAUUCUUUUACUUUGCUUGAUUGUGCUAAGAGUUUGGAUUUAAAGUUAUCUUCUAUGGUUGGAAGUAUGGUUAUUGAUACCCCACCCAAUGCUUCAGUAACUACUUCGUUGUUGAGUCAACUUGAUGUUAUCCUUGGGAUGAGCUGGUUGGAGUUCAACAGUGUUCAUGUUAACUACUUUGCUAAGAUUGUGAUAAUUCCAGAAGUUAAAGCUAUGAUGGGAGAGUUUAUGGUUGUGUGUGAUUUUCCUGAAGUGUUUCCUGAUGAUAUCAUUGAUUUUCUGCUAGAACUCAAGGUGGAGUUUGCUAUAGAAUUAUUACCUGGUACUAGUUCUGUGUCGAUGGCUUAUAGCUGA